AUCUUGUUGAAUUAGGAGGAAGGAGUGCCGUAUUAUAUGAUCCGAGAGCUUGGCCUGCUCAAGGGGACAACGCACGACCAUAUCACGUCUCUGGAGAUCGUCAGUCUUGUCAAGGACGAGCUUCACAUGUUCUUCCCUAACGUGGACCGCACGUUGGACGAUGUCAUAUACCCAACAGGGAGCUGUGAAGACGGCCGUGUUUUGCCUGAGCCUGUGAUUCGCAAACUUCUUUACCAACUUCUGGAUGCAGUCGCGUACUGUCACCGUCGUGGAGUUCUACAUCGUAAUCUGAAGCCGAGACAUUUACUCAUCCAGAUGUCGGAACAGGCCAAUCUCAGCGAUGCAACACUGCAGAUCUCAGACUUCGCGCUAGCUCGAGCUACAGGAAUUCCUGGUCAAGCGUAUACUGACGAGGUAGUGACGCGAUGGUACCGUGCUCCAGAGCUCCUGAUGGGUGUGGUAGAGUAUUCUUCGGCAGUUGACAUGUGGUCUGUUGGCUGCAUUUUUGCCGAAAUGAUCCGAGGUGAGGCUCUGUUUACUGGCGUUUCGGAGAUCGAUCAGUUGUUUCAGAUCUUCAGCAAGUUGUCGACCCCCACGUUGGAAACGUGGCCGGGCUUCUCGUCCUUACCAAACUACCAGUUUGAGUUCCCCCACUUUGAACGUAGACCCACGGCGACUCUGUUUCCAGACGCAUCGGAUCUUGGCAUUGAUCUGCUUGCAAAACUGCUGACGUACAAUUCAAACGAGCGGAUUUCGGCCGAAGAAGCGCUUGGCCACCCCUAUUUCUUCGACGUCACGCCUGUAUUCUUUCCGGUGAAGGUCAAGGAUUGCAUGAGCCAGAUGUGGCGCGCAGUGGCUCAAAUGUGGAGUCCUACUCCACAACACUUGGCACUGUUCCACUCGUACCUGCGUCAAACGGAGGCGGAAACCUGGGCUCAGGUCGAGUAUUUGGACCGACAGGAGACACUGACAUCAACACACCGAUCACUGCUUGUUGACUGGAUCAUUGACGUGGUGGAUGUGUUCAAAUUGUCCCCCCGAACUUUUUUUCUUGCUGUCGACUACACCGAUCGCUACCUGGAAUUUGCAACUGUGGGGAAAUCGCAACUUCAAUUGCUCGGGGCGGCCUGUUUGCAUGCUGCGUCAAAGAUGGAAGACUUAACUUAUAUUGGCGUGAGAGAUCUCGUGUUAUGCGCUGACAAUAUCUACACGGCAACUGAAGUGCGGGAAAUGGAAGUGAAAGUGUUGAACACUCUCAACUUCGCACUCCUCGUGCCUACAGCGCUGGAUUUCCUGAACAUCUACGAGCGACUGAUCCCACCUAUUGAGAAGAAGACAUCCAUGUUGGCGCAUUACUUGGUUGAGCUUUCCCUACAAGAGUACCAGUUUCUGAAGUAUUCGCCAUCGGUUGUGGCUACAUGUUGCUUGUCGAGGGCGAUGUACAUGAUCGACGAGGGUCCGAUGUCGAAGGAUCUGGCGAAUGUCUGUCUAUAUAGCUGGUCGGACUUACAAGGCUGCAUGAUGGAGCUCCAAAAGCUGUCCUCAAACGCAUCUUCCAACACUUUUACUACGAUCAAGAAACGGUAUUCAAGGACUGAGUGGCGAACGUUUCUCCACCCGAGUCGUUCAAUAUGGCAUUUUAGCUGUCUGCCUAUCCAUAAGUCAGCUAACCAUUCUUCUCUUUCGUCAUCAGCCCUGAAGCGAAGUGCUUCUACUUUAUAUUGUGGAGUAAAUUUUCUUUUUGUGAUUCACAAUCUUCGUUUUUUUAAUAACAAAUAA